AUGCCCGAAUUAUUCAAGCUGUUCACGAGCAGAAACGAUGCGUCCCUCACACACACGCAUAAAUGGAGCGCCGACUCUUCAAACGGUGGACUGCUGAGUCCCGAGGGCUCUUCACGACCGCGACAAGGACAUAGACGACAACUGAGCCUCUCAAGAUUACGAUCGAGGAAGGCUUUUUGUUCGAUCACUGCUUUUGUUCUGAUACUCCUAGUAUUUGCGGUGUCUCCCGUAUCGGUCGACCAGUUUCGUGACCCUUAUUCCGAGGAACAGUCAACUGAUAGGUUCGCUGGCAGUCGAGAAAUAGUUCUUGAAGGCCAUGACGAUGGCGGGAUAGUACCGCUGGGUCAGUCGCGGAACCGCGACGGUCGAGAGUUUUUCUGGUGGGAGCAGUUCCCCCUACUUCUUGGACUGUAUCGUGGUCGUGAGACCAUCGUUCCGCUGGAACAAUAUGUUCCCGAGCAAGACGGCGAAGCUGUGAACCGGUUCGAGAUCAACGUAAAUCAGGAGUUAGAACUGGUCGCAUUACCAUCGUCCUCACGGGGAGAUCUCCAUCAAUGUUAUCUCGAUGACGAGAAGGAGAUCCUGCCACCCACACUCUCCACCUACCCAGGAAUACCUCAAGGACUAUCUGCACCUUUGUUCGGCUCGCAGGAAGAACUUGGCUUUGAUAAUGGGAUCUGCUAUGACCGGGUCAAUCGACUCGGUCCAUAUGGCUAUGGCUUCUCAGAAAAAGAAGGUGGCAUUGGUAUAGAAAGUGGAAGUGGAGGCGAUGAAGAAGGCAUUGACCGAGUCACCCCAACGGAUUGGCGCAAGGUGAAGUGGCAACCUGCGCAGAAGCUGUGCCACGAGAAGAAUGCCAAACAGAUCAAGUCGCGAACAGCUUUUGUUAUCCGCACAUGGAGCAGCUUCAAGUACUCGAAUUUUGACAUUAUGAUGCUUCGCGCCAUCAUCAGCGAGCUUUCGCUAGCCAGUGGCGGGCAAUACACAGUCCACUUUCUCAUCCACGUCCAGGACGACUCGAUUCCCAUAUGGGCUUCGCAGGAAGUUUACGACCAGGUGUUGAAGGAAAGCCUACCAGCAGAAUUUCAUGGAAUGGGAACUCUUUGGUCAGUGGCACAGAUGAAGUUGAUCUAUCCACCACCAUUUCCUGAAAGUCUCGUCAAUUUCUCAGGAGGAGACGUGUAUGACGCUUAUCGGUCCCUUCACUUCCCCUUUCAAUACUUUGCCUCUCAACAUCUGGAGUAUGAUUAUUUUUGGCACUGGGAAAUGGAUAUCAGAGUCACCGGUCACUACCAUCAGCUCUUGGACAAGAUAUCACGAUGGGCGGACAAACAGCCUCGAAAAUAUGCAUGGGAAAGGUCAGCUAAAUUCUUCAUUCCUUCUCAACACAACAAUUCCUAUGAAGAUUACGCCGCUUCUAUCGUGAAAGAAACAGAGGCUUCAGGCCAAACGCCAAUUGUUGGACCACAAUUAAACGAAGAAGAUCUGCUCCCGAUUCCAAGGCAAUCUCGCCCUCCGACCGGGGACGAGAUUACAGACCUCAUUACCUUCAAUCCAAUUUUCGACCCAUCGCGUUCUGCAUGGGCAUUUAGCAACGAUAUUACUGGCUACAAAGUCCAUGCUGACGGUGAGGGUCGUCCUCCCACGCGGGCGGCUCUCAUAACUGCAUCUCGCCUGUCUCGACGCCUCCUAUUACUAAUGCACAAGGAGACCUACUCGAACAAACAUACCAUGUUCCCCGAGAUGUACCCAGCCUCGAUCGCCCUUCAAUAUGGACUCAAAGCAGUCUACGCCCCUCUGCCGGUAUACUUCGACCGCGACUGGCCUAGCACGCACGCGGAUGAGAUCUUCAACAACGCGCCAGUCGGGGAUGAUGGGCGGGCCGCUGGCAUGGAUCAUGGCAACGGACAUUUCCAUGGUGAAGGAGGAAGUGUCUUUGGUCCAGGUGAACAUGUCUUUCGCGGCGGAAGUUAUUACUCGAAUGCUCUCUUUGCAGGCUACCUAUGGAGAAGAUGGUUAGGGCGAGAAAACAGAAACCAUGAAAUUGCGCACGAAACUGGCGAAGGCAAAGGGCGGAUGUGUUUGCCUAUGAUGCUGCUGCACCCCAUCAAACAUGAAUGA